CGGAAGUGAACCCGCGAAACAGGGCAGGGCGUGCGCGCGGAACUGCGCGUGCAGUAUAAAACUCUCGGCAACUUCCUCGUGCUUACUUUUGCAUCGCAGCAGCUUUGCUUAAAGUCACUAGGAGGAUCCGAGCACAGGCCCAAAAACAAAACCAGAGUGAAAGAUGAGUUGGGACAGUUACAUCCAGAGUCUGACCAAGAACGACUGGCUGGACGACGCGGCCAUCAUCGGUCACACGCCGGGACAGGAGUCCGUAUGGGCGGCAGCACCGGGCGGCUGGCUGAACGGGGUCACGGCAGCAGAGGUGAAGGCACUGGUAGCAAAUGACCGUUCAUCUUUAUUUUCUAAUGGAGUGACCUUAGCAGGCAAAAGGUGCACAGUGCUGAGAGACGCCCUUAAUGUGGAUGGACAGAACACCAUGGACCUGAAAAUGAAGACCUCAGAUAAAGACCCUGAUCCUUUUCCCUUCACUGUUGGCAAAACACAUAAAGCUCUGAUCAUAGGUAAAGGAGUGAAAGAUGCCCAUGGAGGAAAGGUCAAUCCUCCUGUCUAUGAUAUGACUACUUACCUCCGGAAGAUGAAUCUCUGAACCCUUACAACCCCACCACCCCACACAGACAGACAUACACACACACAGACACACACACACACACACCUCCAGCGUAUUCUGCUCACUGAAUCUGGAGAGCAUCCUGUAGUGAUGGAUUGAUUCAGCCCCUGUCAAUUUGAUUGGUUGAAUGAUGGUACUCAUUGAGGAAUGGGCGGAGCUUAAUCUCAGGCAUCUGUUUAUUAGAUAAUCUUGUGUAUUGGUUUAUUAUUUUGUUGCUUAAUCGAACAAAUGUUAAAAACAGUAGCCCAAUAAAGAGAAAGUAAAGUUUAUUCUGAGAUCA